AUGUCAACCUCUCCCAACUCUCAUCCCACCUCCCCUUCCUCCACCACAUCCUCCCCAACACACCCUCCACCAAUCUCCAUCUCCACCACCACGACCGCCAUACAAACCGCGGCUUCCACCUCUUCCCCAACUAAGGUGCAAGCCGCCCUCGACUCCUUAACCACAAUCCUCCCUACCCCUCCCUCCUCCCUCACCUCCACCUCUACCACCAGCACUUCCCCUUCACCCCCCGCCUUCGUUCUCUUAACUUCCCCCGAAAUCACCUCCCAAAUCUCCUCCUUACUCCGCCACCCUUCCUCAGGGUCCGGCGACAACCACCUUUGUCGUUGGCUCUACGACACAUUCCACUCCUCCGACCCUUCCCUCCAAAUCAUUGUCCUACGCUUUGUCCCUCUUAUAUCCGGCCUUUACCUCACCCGCAUCACUCACCGUCCACGCCAACCCUUAGCCGGUUUCGAGGCCAUCCUCCUAGCCCUUUACGCACACGAAACCACCACUCGAAACAACCACCCCAUCACCGUAACCAUCCCUGACCUCUCCCACCCUAGCAUCUACCACGAAAGCUCCUCCCCUCAACGUAACAACUCCACUGACCUCAACAUUGCCGUCAUCUCCUCCUCCCUCGAACCCCACGGCACCAUACGAUCCACUCGUCGGGCGAGGAUCGUAGGUGUUGCCCUAGAGUUAUUUUUUGGCAAGAUUUGUGUCAUGCCUACCGAGUCUAAGCUCGAUUUUUGCGAGUUCUUAUACCAUUGGGCCGGAUCACUUAACAACAACGACAACGACAACAACGACGGGCAAGGGAGGAUAUUACUACCGUGGGAGUUGUUAGGGCCGUGUCUUAGAAUACUAGGACAUUGUUUGUUAGGAAAACAAAAGGAAGAAGAGUUACUGUUACGUGAAAAAGGAUAUAGGGCAUGUAAAAGCUUAUAUAAUAGGGUUAUGCAUGAUGUUAAUCCUAAAGCAAUUUUGGCUGUUGGUAGUUUGUUAAGACUUGUUAAUAUGGAGAAAGAGUUAGAUGAGGUUGAUUAUACUGAGAUUCAGAGCACUAGGGUUAUUUCCAUUUAAUUUUUUCUAUUAAUUUGUAGAUUUAUAUUUUUUAUGAUGUUUAAUUUUGGUUUUUGAAUUAAUAUUUAAAAUGAUUCAUUAUCUUUAUUGUGAUUGUUGUGGAACAGAUUGGAGGAAAACUCUACCACUUUAUUUAGUCUGCUAACAUAUGUACUUCAUAUUUAUAUAACAACGCUUUCUAAUAUUAUUUAAAUCAAACUUUUACUAGUGUAACAUUUACAUUGACAUCUAA